UACUUUAAAGCAUAAAUUAUUAUCAUUAUUAUAAUAUUAUUUAUGUUUUAAUUGUUAAUUUUUUUUUUUUCACUCAAUACUCAAUACUCAUUAGUUUAUCACUUUGACACUACCCUCGAUUGACGUCCGUUCGUCGUUUAAAUUUCGAGUGAAAAAUGUUUUUGUACUGUUUUUUUUCUUUUUUAAUUUAAAAAACGUCUGGGAAAUUGCCUAUAUCGAUGGAAUAUUUUAAAAGUGGCUUAAAAACGGUGCUCGGUACACCCGACAUCGAAGAACAACCGUCCGGUGCUGAUAUUGUUGAACGUUUAGUGGAUCGAGUUCAACAUUCCACGUUACUGGCAGAUAGACGUGAUGCAUGUAGAGCACUUAAAGCCUUAUCACGAAAAUAUCGCAUUGAAGUAGGUGCUAAAGGAAUGGAUGCCUUGUGUCAAGUAUUGCAGCAAGACCGCGCCGACGCUGAAAUAGCUAGCUAUGUUUUGGACACAUUAAGACUUAUUAUGCAUAAUGAAAUUUAUGAAGAAGAGGAAAUUCCUGAUGUAACUGCAAAAGAUUCACAUAAAUUGGGUGAACGUUUUACAGAAAUAUUCAUAAAGAAAAAAGAAAAUGUUGGUUUGGUCUUGGAUUAUCUAGAAGAAUUUGAUUUUCAUGUGCGGUGGCCAGCUCUUCAGUUACUCCUACUGUUAUUAACAAAUAAGGCUAAGGACGUGCAAGAAAUGAUUUUGGUCAGCCCAAUGGGAGUUUCCAAACUAAUUGACAUGUUGAGUGACAGCCGGGAAGUGAUCCGAAAUAAUUCUGUUCUUUUGCUAACAUUACUGACAAAAAGUAAUGCAAAUAUUCAAAAGAUAUUAGCUUUUGAAAAUGCUUUUGAUCGGUUGUUUGAUGUUAUACAAGAAGAAGGCAAUGCAGAUGGAGGAAUUGUUGUUCAAGACUGUCUGAAUUUAAUGUUUACUUUAUUAAGAAACAACAUUUCCACACAAAAUUUCUUCAAAGAAGGUAAUUUCAUAUCACGGAUAUUGCCCCUUUUACAAUUGCCUGCUGUUGACGAGUGGCCUAUCCAGAGAAUAAAUAAUGUACAUUCAGUUCUUCAAAUUAUACGUACACUGGUAUCGCCAACCAACCCAGCUCAAGCUACUUCUUCAUGCCAACAAGCCAUGUUCACAUCUGGAAUCCUAAAAGCAAUAUGUGACUUGUUAAUCGCCAAUGGUGUACCUCGUAAUCCAUUAACUGAAGCCAUAUAUACUGUAGCAGAACUUGUACGAGGACAUAAUGAUAACCAAUCAUUUCUUGAAUCUGUAAAGUCCUAUGAAAGUCCUCCAAAGGAUAUUCUGUUAUUAUUGUUAUGUACAAUGUUAAGUGACAAGCAGCCAUUUGAUAUGCGUUGUGCGGUGUUAUACGUUUUCCAGUGCUAUUUAUACAGAAAUGAUUUCGGAAAAAUGAAAAUUGUACAAAAACUAUUACCAUCAGAAAAAGAAGUAACUGAAACUUGCAUCAGUAAUCUUCUUUGUCGAGGUUUGUUUAACAAGGAACCGUUAAACAGUUGGUUUUCAGCAGUGGUACUUUCACACGCUCUUAUUGAUAAUCCAGAGGGUAAGGAAAAGCUGCUGAAUGUCAAGUUGUCAUCCAGUGAUAAUGAUCCACCUACAUUGUUACAACAAAUAGUUAGUUCUAUCCAAACAAAUGAUAAAGCACAAUUUAAAAUUGGCUAUUUGAUGUUUUUAUCUACUUGGUUUGCUCAUUGUUCACUGGCUGUUGAAAGUUUCUUGAAAAUUAAUACCGGCAUACCAUACUUUAUAACUCAGACGAAUCGUCUAGAGAAUGAAGAGAUCGAAGAAAUCGUUAGCGGUCUGAGUACAUUCGUUAUGGGUAUAUGCCUAGCGUUCAAUCCUGACACAGUGGAAAAUUUCAAAAAAGAUAGCCUCAGACAUUUGAUUACCAAACGCAUAGGCGUUGAAACAUUCAUAGAUAAAUUAAAUGACGUGUCUCGAAACGAAUCGUACACGCGAGCCAGCAAACACCCGCAGCCGACUGCCCAAGACUCUAAUUGUCUAUUAUUGGAUUACGAGUUUUGCAAGUUGUUUAAAAUGCUCGAAGGAAUGAUCAUGAGAUCACUGAACACACUUCCCGGACAGGACGAUAGUGAAAAAUUGGUGACCAAUCAAAAGCUAAUCGAAGAGCUCAAUGCCACCGUGGAUAGUCUGAAAAAUGAAUUGUCUGAGAAGACUAACCGGAUAGAGGAAUUAUGCAGGCUGGCCAACGAUUUUCGAGACGACACGGAUCGUAUAAAAACCGAAUUGUUUAGACUCCAGGAAAAUCACAUGUCGCUCAUACAAGCGUAUCAGCUGAAAGAAAACGAAUUGGAAUCGUACAGGCGUUUACUAGAAAUGCAUGGAAUUUGGCAAAGUGAAAAUCCGAUCGUCAAUCAGCAACAGGAAUCAAUGGUCAACGCGACGGCGAUUGCGGGAGGACUGCCACCAUUGCAACAACAACAGCAGCAGCAACCACAGGAAGAAGGGACAACGACGCACCAACGGACGCUCGAGGAGUCGUUUAGGAACGAUUUGAACGUCUAAAACGUCAACAGAUGCAACUUAACCUGCCACUGUACUUUAUACAAAUGUUCCACACCCGUUAACGAGUAUUAUACCUAUAAAUCAUGUAUUUGUAUUAACACAAUAUACUUGUAACGCUCUGUCGAUAGCCAAAAUCUGUACACGGGUACCUAAUGUUCGACAAAAAAAUCUAAAAUUUAUAUAAUAAACAUCAGACACCAUUUAUACAGAUUAUUUAUAUAGGUAUGGAUGUUUU